AUGGCUCCCAGCGCCCGAGCCCAGGGCCGGGAGCCCGCCGCCAUCACGAUCGGCUCGCUGGGCGACGACCUGCUGGCCAAGUGCUUGUCCUCGUUUGGGCAGGCGGACCUGCUGUCCAGGGCGGCCAUUGUGUGCCGCCGCUGGCGUUCGGUCAGCACCAGGCCUGAGCUGCUGCGGGAGGUGGUGUUUGACGUAGCGGAGGGCGCCACCCUACCCGCUGCCCAGUCGCUGCUGCGUUGGCUGCAGCGGCACGGCCAGGCGGUACGCAGCCUUGUCUUGGACCUUGGAAUCCGUGGCAGGCUCAGCGCUGUUGAGGAGAUGGAGUUUGUGUGCCUGCUGGACGGCUGUGUCAACGUCUGUGCCAGCAGCCUGGAACGCCUGACGCUGAACCUAUAUACCGACAGCUACACAAUUGGGGCCUGGGUGGCGACAGCGCACCGUCUGAAAGAGCUGAACCUUGACACUCAAGGCAUGACAGCUUGGGUCACCCUGGCAGGCCUGAUCUCCAUGCGGCGCCUGCAUCUGGAUGCACUGCGGUGGCAGCUGGGCACCGCCGUGGCGCUCCCCCCCUCACUCACCUGCCUCAUGAUCUCAAACCACAAGGCAGAUGAGAUGCCCACCCAGGUGGCUGCCCUCAGCAACCUGCACAGCCUUAGGCUAUUUGGUGGUAAUUACAGCGCAGCCGGCAUGGCCAGCCUGACACGGCUCACCUCGCUCCAGCACGCAGAGUUUUCGUCAUGUCAGCUGCCAGGCAGCCUUUCAGAGCUGACGGGGCUCCUGCAGGUGCUGGACAUCUCACAUCCCUAUGGCGAGGCCGCCGCCGUGGCUGCCAGCCUGCACGCCGCCCUGCAGCAGCUCACCCAGCUAACGGGUCUGCGGCUGUAUGGGCUGCCAGCAGCGGCGGUUGCCCCGCCAUCCCUGGCCGCCCUGAGCCGCCUGCAGUGGCUCUACCUGGAGGAAUGGGACGAACCUCAAGAACAGCCAGCGCGGCCUGAGCUGCCGCUGGGGCCCUGGCAGCGCAGCCUGCGGCACCUGGCGACAACUUUCGCAGUGGCGCAGCGCAGCCUGCCCUUCCUGACCGGUGCACAGCGGCUGCAGCGCAUCAGCUUCCUGGAGCCGCCUGAACCGCAGCCUGAGGCUGAGGAGCAAUGGCACGCCUUCUGGCGCUGGGCGGCGCAGCAUGCGCCCCUGCAGUGCGUUGGCUUUGGGGAAAGUGAGGUGGUUCAGUCGGCUUUGAUGGAAGCAACCCUGGAGCUCAAGGAGCGACGCCCAGAGCUGCUGCUUGACACCCGGGUCUCUCGGUUCUCCGUUUGCGAUGACAUGCUCUCGUGUUGGGACCUGUAG